GGCAACGUGGCUGAGCAAAUGGGCGAUCUGGAACAUGCCCUCUCCGCUUACGAAAAUGCCCUUCGCCACAAUCCGAUGUCCGUUCCGGGUCUGACGCAGGUUGCUGGCAUCGCCCGGGUCAAGGAAAACUUCCCGAUGGCGGUCGAAUACUUCCAGCGCGUGAUUCAUCUCCAACAGGAUAAUGGUGAAAUUUGGAGCGCCCUCGGGCAUUGUUACCUCAUGCAAGACGACUUGCAAAAGGCUUACUCCGCGUAUCAGCAAGCCUUGUAUUCGCUUCCCAACCCCAAGGAAAACCCUAAGCUGUGGUACGGCAUCGGGAUCCUCUACGACCGAUAUGGCUCGUUAGACAAUGCGGAAGAGGCCUUCUCAUCCGUCCUGAGAAUGGACAAAGAAGAUUUCGACAAAUCCAACGAAGUCUUGUUCCGUCUCGGGAUAAUUUAUAAACAGCAGUCAAAAUACGACGACAGCUUGCGUUGCUUCGAUAGAAUACUUCGAAACCCACCAAGUCCUCUCGCGAACGCGGACAUCUGGUUCCAAAUCGGACACGUGUAUGAACAACAGGGUGAUCAUGUGCGUGCGCGAGAUGCCUACGAGCGUGUAGUAGCGGAGAAUCCUGUGCACGCGAAAGUCUUGCAGCAGCUGGGAUGGCUAUUCCACCAGGACGGCACUCCCUUCCAGAAUCAAGAUGUGGCUAUCCAUCAUCUCACGAAGAGCCUGGAAGCCGAUCCAGCUGAUGCCCAAAGUUGGUACCUUCUGGGUCGCGCAUAUAUGGCAGGGCAGAAAUACAACAAGGCUUACGAAGCAUAUCAGCAAGCCGUCUACCGCGAUGGCCGCAAUCCGACUUUCUGGUGCUCCAUCGGUGUUCUGUACUUCCAGAUAAAUCAAUUCCGCGAUGCCCUGGACGCGUAUUCUCGAGCGAUUCGAAUCAACCCUUACAUCCCUGAGGUUUGGUUUGACCUGGGUAGCCUUUACGAGAGCUGCAACAACCAGAUCUCAGAUGCCAUCGACGCAUACGCUCGCGCAGCUGAGUUGGACCCUCAGAAUGUAUCCGUGACCUCGCGGCUGCAGCUCUUGAAGCAUUCGCAAGCUACAGGCGCUCAGCUGCCGGCUGCCCCUCCUCCACAAGAUGUCCAUCCC